UAUAGCCAAUGUGAGUACAUUGCUGCUCUAGAAGACUGUAAAUUCUCUUAGACAACAGAAAUUGUUCUUUAUUAAACAGUGUUCAAGGUGAAUAACAGAGCUGAAAAUAAUCCGAAGAAGCAAGAAACUGGGGAAGUGCGCCGUGCAUGUCAGUAAGAAUGGAUAUAAGGAGGAUCAAUGGAAUGUACAUUUGUUUCAAUGGGCUUUAGGCAGAGGAAAAUUAGCUUCAACUUGUUAAUUUGAUUAUUUAAAUUGAAGUACAUUCCUGCAAGACUCCAAGGCUUUGAAGAGGAGGCGCAAUACAGAAUACAUCAAUAGGCUGAAAGACAGACGAAACAUGGUACGUCAAUAAAAAGAUUCUACCUAUUCAACACUACCUACGCUCACAUAUCAUCGCAAUCUCUCAGACGCCAUUUCCAGAAAAAUAUCUUGUUUUACCUCACAUCGAAACAUCACUUGCAAACAUGACAGAAAAUGUGAGCUCACGGAUGGAUGUCCCAACCAACAUUUCCCUAGUAAGCCCAGGGGAUCCCAUAUCCCAAUCUCUAGAGUACAAGACUGUGGCAGUGUUCCUGGUUCUGCUGGUCUGUGGGCUCGGCAUUGUGGGUAACAUCAUGGUGGUUUUGGUGGUCCUCACCACGCGACACAUGCGCACUCCCACCAACUGCUACCUGGUGAGCCUGGCCAUAGCGGACCUGACCGUGCUGGUGGCCGCCGGCCUGCCCAACGUGUCAGACAGCCUGACUGGAACCUGGGUGUUUGGGCAUGCUGGCUGUCUUGGCAUUACUUAUCUCCAGUACCUUGGCAUCAACGUGUCUUCCUGCUCCAUCACAGCCUUCACCGUGGAGAGGUACAUUGCCAUCUGCCACCCAAUGAGGGCCCAGACGGUGUGUACGGUGUCGCGGGCCAAGCGGAUCAUCGCCGGGGUGUGGCUGUUCACCUGUGUCUACUGCAUGCUGUGGUUCUUCUUGGUGGACAUCCAGGUAAUGAAGGACGGCACCAUCCAGUGUGGCUACAAGGUGUCCCGCGACCUCUACCUCCCCAUCUACCUUAUCGACUUUGCCGUCUUCUACGUGACCCCUCUGCUCCUCGCCAUUGUCCUGUACGGCCUCAUCGCCCGCAUUCUGUACCUCAACCCACUCCCCAACCAGGCCGACGCGGGCACAGUCUCUGCCAGGGCCACGACGCUCCGGAGGAGCUGCAAAGAACCGGCGGACGGAGGUAAAGGGGGCCGCCAGGCCCGCCAGAAAAGUGCGCUGUCCUCGAGGAAACAGGUCACUAAGAUGCUGUCAGUGGUGGUGAUACUGUUCGCUCUACUGUGGAUGCCAUACCGGACCUUGGUCCUUAUUAACUCCUUUGUUGCCACACCCUACCUGGACACCUGGUUUGUGCUGUUCUGUCGGAUCUGUAUGUAUGCCAACAGUGCCAUCAACCCCAUAGUCUACAAUCUGAUGUCUCAGAAGUUCCGGUCAGCGUUCCGAGGGCUGUACCGCUGCCAGAGGCUAGAAGCCCACCACCGCACGCUGUCCAUGAUCCAGACUGGCUACAGCAUGGCCAGGGAUACCAGAACCCCACAGCAGACCAGCAACGGGACAAAACAGGGAGCCAAGAGAGUUACCUGCACUGACAGAGUGACAGAAGGGCACAGUAAAGUAAACCUUUCACCAGCUGAAAAUGGAGGAAGGAAGGAUCUGGAACAUGUGAAGGAAGGUGGUAAAGGCAACAUCUGUGAUGACUGAGAUCAACUCAUCAACUCCACACCUGUACAAACUGAGAUCAACUCCACACCUGUACAAACUGAGAUCAACUCCACACCUGUACAAACUAAGAUCAACUCCACACCUGGACAAACUAAGAUCAACUCAACCCCUGGAAAAACCAAGAUCAACUCUACACCUGGACAAACUAAGAUCAACUCCACACCUGUACAAACUGAGAUCAACUCCACACCUGUACAAACUGAGAUCAACUCCACACCUGUACAAACUAAGAUCACCUCCAUACCUGUACAAACUAAGAUCAACUCCACACCUGUACAAACUAAGAUCAACUCCACACCUGUACAAACUAAGAUCAACUCCACACCUGUACAAACUAAGAUCAACUCCACACCUGUACAAACUAAGAUCAACUCCACACCUGUACAAACUAAGAUCAACUCCACACCUGUACAAACUAAGAUCACCUCCACACCGGAGAAAACUGAGAUCAAGUUCACAGCACCUGGCCAAACUGAGAUGAGGGAGGCAGAAAUGAAUUACACAGUGCUGUAGAUAAAACAAGCUUGUUUUAACACGAGUAAGUGAGUAUCAGUGACGGGCCAAUCCUAUUUGGUUUGUUGAUAUUAAGUAGGGCGGGUAUGUAUAACUCUGAAAAUGAUGAGAAAAAAUUACUGCAUACAAUAAAUAAUUUCAUUACUCAGGUUUAUUAUGCCCUCCAAAAAAAGUGUGCACAUUUGACCUUAAUUCCCUGGAAUUGACUAGUCAUCAUGAAGAUGCCAGAACAGUGAAGAGCUUUGCCUAGGCUGAGCAGGAGCUGCCUUGACGAGACAGUCCAGAGACCAGAGCUGGCAGAAGGAAUAUCUGCAGUAAGGAUGUAGGGGUUGAGCAAUGCCAGUUCCUGAAUGCCAGUUCCUGAAUGCCAGUUCCUGAAUGCCAGUUCCGCCCUUGAUGCUCUCAUGUCUACAUUAUGCUAACUGUCUGCUAAAUAUUAAAGACAGCAGGGCUACUGCAAGAUUACACAAAGCAGGGGCAAAAUGACUAAUGCUAUUGGAACCAAUUAUACAAAAAAAUCUAUGAAGUCGAGGGGCUUUCAGCUAGGCCUGUCAGGAUAGGCGCAGUUGUGGACUACUGAUACAUCAUUUACAAAUUAACUAUGAUUUUAGUCCAGACGAGGGCAGUGAAAGGUUGAACAGAGACCCAUCCCAUUGGCCUACCCACACAGACAAAAUGACCUGAACCAGUAAGAUAUCUUGCUCUCAGGCACCCUCUCCAAGGUAUGAUUAAUUAAAAGUUAAUGGAAAUAUUUGACAUUUUGACAAGUUUAGGAUAUAUAAAAUAAUGUUGACUAGUAGUGAUUAUUCCAGUAAUCAGUAACAAAUAUUUAGCUCUUAAUAAUGUAUAUAUAGUAUACAUUUGUUGCUGAAAUACUAAUUGUAGGCUAUGUAUUUAACAGUGACUUGCAGUAAAUAUUUUUAGGGACUAGUAAGUACUAAAUUAUGACUAGUGAAAUAUUAAUUUGAAUAGCAACUUUUCAGAAAGAAAUAGUUGAUUUAAUUUUCCAACAGCAGAAAUAUAAUUUAAUAACAACUGAAAAUAUGUGACUUUAUUGAGCCCAGGGGAAGUGGCUGGUGUGUGGACAGGAGCUAAUGGGGACCCAAAUGAAAUAAUACAAACUGAGCAACCUUGAGCUGAUUUACUAGAAACUAUUGAAACAGUGACUAGUAACUAAUAAAUAACUUCCAGUUGCAUUUAAACUAUAAUUCAUCUCUUCCAGGGAAUAGAAGAAAAAAAGUAUGUAUACUUCAACACCAUUGUCAUAACUGCCCAAAAUCUCAAAAUAACUUCAGCACAGUAGACAUGUAGUAACCUGGUAGUAACUUGCCAAUAAUGAUGCAUGCAACAUUUUCAAAGAUCUGUAUUUACUAACCAAACUCAAUCAAAUAUAAAUGAACAUAAAUUGAUAGGCAUGUACAAUGAAGAUUUGUUUACGAAUGUGAUUUUUGUAAUAAUGUGUUCAAAACUGAAAAUUUAGUUUAUUUAUUAAUCCAAAUAAACAUUAGAUUAUUUCAGCUGUAGUAACAUAGUUUGAAAGUAAUUAGGCAUACAUUGGCAUGAAGUUGAAAUCAAUAAGCCUCAUAUGGAAUAAUUUUAAAAGGUACAAAACAGAAAACAUAUUUUGAUAUCAAUAUUGUCUUAUAGAAAUAUUAUAGAAACAUUUCAACAUGUAACCUUUUAGUAUCAUGACAAGUGCUGGUAUCAUAACUGUUUAGGACAGUGGAUGAGGUCUCCUAAUUAUCUAACAUGACACCUGCUGGUAUCAUAACUGUUUAGGACAGGGGAUGAGGUCUCCUAAUUUUCUCACAAGACACCUGCUGGUAUCAUAACUGUUUAGGACAGUGGAUGAGGUCUCCUAAUUAUCUAACAUGACACCUGCUGGUAUCAUAACUGUUUAGGACAGGGGAUGAGGUCUCCUAAUUUUCUCACAUGACACCUGCUGGUAUCAUAACUGUUUAGGACAGUGGAUGAGGUCUCCUAAUUAUCUAACAUGACACCUGCUGGUAUCAUAACUGUUUAGGACAGUGGAUGAGGUAU